GGUAAUUAUACGCUAUAGGUAAGGUUAUAAUGUCUUGAAAACACUUUUCAAAGAAUGGUGAAUUGUCUUCCAAAACUACAUUGCUCUGAUGUGUUUUAGCGCUAUUAUUACAUCAUCUCAGGGCAGUUUCUUUACAAAUAGUUUACCAUCCAAGAUAUAAAUUCAUUUGCAGACGUCUGUUGGGAAACAAAGCUGGCUCCAAGGCCCAUCUUCGUCCUCGUUUAGAACCGACUGUCCACUUGAGGUCAAGCCGUGGAUAUUAUCACGAAUCAUUUUCACCAGAUGAGGAAUCCACUCUUCGAUUCUUUGUUGGAGCCUUAAAACUGGUACUGAAUUGAAACAAGAUGAAUGACAGGCACAGGGAUAUCCUUCGCCGCCAUUGGUCGACGCUUAGGAGGGACCUGGAACCGAUGAAGCUUCUACCUAAUUUGGUCAACGUGUUGGACGUCACGGAUGAACAGGAAGUAAAGGUGAAAGCUACGAGAGAGGACAGGAUUGACAAACUGUUAGACAUCCUACCGAGGAGAGGGCCUACAGCCUUUGAUGACUUCGUGAAGGCAUUGCAGGAAGUUCAGCCAUUUUUGGCUGCUCCAUUGGUUCAAGAAUCAGAAAUGGAAGAGAUUAAGACGGAACUAAAUCGUGCUCGAACACACAGUGCAAGGCUUGGAGAGGAAGUUGAUCUUAUGAGAACAAGUUUAGAAAAAGAGCAACAGAAACACAAAAAGACGCGUAAAGAACUUGAAGAACUAAAAAGCCUCCAUGAAACUCUAAUGGCAAAGGGCGAGGAAGACAAGCAAAAUAUGCAGCUGAGGGUUGAAGAGCUAGAAACCAUGAUCAACCGACUGGAGGAGGAACUGUCAACCGAACGAAGCGACAAACUUGUCUUCACAGAGGAAACAGCACGGUUGAGAAAAAUGUGCGAUCAAAUGGACGAGAAGUUACGUAGCUUUAAGGAAAGUUACGAAAAGGUCUCUCAAGAGAACAAAGAACUCGUGACAAAGUUGUCAAACUACAGAAACAAUGUUUUGAACGAAAGAGUUAACCGUGAUGCGGUGGGCUUCAUUUCACGACAUGGGGAACACGAAAUGGUUGAAAAAAUCCCGAAUGUACUGUCUACUGAUAUUCCUUUUAUCAAGGAUGAGGAUUUGGAGAUAAAACCUCGGAUACAAAAGAGCAGUGACUCCUUUUCAGCUGAACUGUUGGAUGAAACUAGGAAAGAUUUGGCGAGAGUAACGAAAGAACACGAGGAAUUGAAAGAAAAGUACGAGCACUUAGAGAGACAGCUCGAGGACACUCUGGCGAGUUUGGAAAGACAACGAAGCGCCAGUUUGCAUGAUAGAGCGACAUCACCAGGAGAACCAAUACACUUGGAGUUUGAAGAAAAUCAAGGGUGUCCGCGAUGUGAAGCACUGGAAGAAGAGAAUAACUUGUUAACAACGGAGAAAGAUUUCUACAAAGGAGAGAAAGAGAAAUUCGAGGACGAAGUUUCCAAGUUAAACAAAGAAAUAAAAGAGCUCAGAUCGGACCAAUUAAGAGAGGAAAAAAACCUUCAAAAGGAAAUACAAAGUAUGCGAGAAGAACACGAAAACUUGUCACGAGAUUUUGAAAAGGAGUUGCAAAAGAUGUUGCGUGACGUGAAUGGACAACGAGAGUCGGAAAUGAAAACGUUACACGGGCAAAACGACGAAUUGAACGAUCAGAUUAAUAAACUGAAGUCGGAAAUCCAAAAGAUAAUGGCGCAAUUAAAGAAAGAAAAAUCACAACAGGAGAAAAUUCAAGAAGAUUUUGCUAAGGUGAAAAAAAAUUUAGCACGGGAAAAGAAGAAAUUGAAGGAGACGAAGGAGGAACUAGAGACUGAGGUUAAAGCUAAGACAGACGCUUUGAAAGAACUGGAUAAGCUAAAGAAUGAACUUUGUAGCCAAGAGCACAAAAAAUGCGAAGACAUGGAGAGACUUCGCAAGGACUUCGCGGAACGUUGCAAGUGCGACUUGUUGAGAGAAGAAAUCCAACGACUGAGGAGCAUGACAGGACGUGUUUUAAACUACAGAAAGGACUUCGACAGACACGGUGUCAUCUAUGCCCUGGGAACAAAUUUCGGUACCACCCUCUGGGUAAAUCCCGGUAGCAACAGUGCCUCCCCGACAAGGAUAAUUGCCACGCGAUCCUCUGACGAGCAAGGCGUGGCCAAUGACCUGCUUGACAAUCGCAGAGGCGGUACUUUAAGUGGCACAAAGGACGAAGAUAGAUCGUGGUGGUGUGUAGAUUUGAGCGAAAAGUACGCCUUGUUUUUAACCCAUUACACUUUACGACAUGGACGGGACAACGGCAUGUCAAUUAUUCGUAACUGGCGCCUCGAAGGGUCGCUUGAUGGCCGCAGUUGGAAACUUCUGAAAAAGCACGAGAAUGAUCGCGGGCUUAAAGAACCUUUCCCAUAUUACACCGCGACCUGGUCAGUCGAUGGGGACCUGGGAGCGUUUCGGUAUUUUAGGAUUUUUCAGACGGGAAAGAAUUCAUCUGGACGAUUCAGUAUCUUUCUCUCUGGUAUUGAACUUUACGGAGUGCUCAUUGAACUAAGCAGUUGACCUGUGUUAGCUUCCCUUUACUCCAUUCUCUGUUUCUCUCAUAAUGAACGAGGUGCUCAGUCACAAUAACUUUA